AUGGCAGCUGCUCGGAGCCUCCUGCUGGCCGGGCUCUUCCGCGGCGCCGUUGCCGCUCGCUGCGGCUUCGCCACCCGGGGAGCGGCGGGCCCGGGCCUGGGUCCUGGCCCCGACGGCCGCGAGCCCGACCCCGACCUGGACUGGGAGCCGGAGGAGCGCGAGCUGCAGGAGGUGGCGAGCGCCCUGAAGCGACAGCGGGCGGCCGUGCGCUUCCAGAAGCUCCGCAGGCAGAUGCAGCCCCCCGGCGCCCCCCGCAGGACCCUGACCCGUCAGGCCAUGGAGCAGAUCCGAUAUUUAAAUAAGGAAUUUGCAGAAACCUGGUCCAUUCCCAGACUGGCUGAAGGCUUUGAUGUCAGCACUGACGUGAUCAGAAGGGUUUUAAAAAGCAAGUUUGUUCCCACAUUGGAACGGAAGCUGAAGGAGCAAAAGGCUGUUGAAAAACAUCUGGCUCAGCUCCAGGUUGCUCCCUGGAAGCCACAUUCUGUCAGCCACCUUAUACCAGGCUCCUGGAAAGUACCUGCAGGCGAAAUUCCCUCUGGAGAACUGGAUCGCUGCCAUGAGGUUCCAAAAGUAACGAGUUCAAGCACCCGCAAGCCAGGUACUCUGGAGAGGCCGAAGCGAAGGAAAAUGGUAGUUCAGGACUGACAACUGUGUGCCCGGGAAAGCAGUCCUCAGAGGUCAGCAGGAAUAAUGAUGGAAGCACCCUCCCUACCCAUGCCUGCUAGCUAGAAGCCCCAACGGUGAUGGAUCACCAAAAUGAUAGGACAUGGAAAGAUGGGGCCCCAGUGACCAGAACUUGAGUGGCAGAGUUGCACAGAGAGGGUGGAAAUUGUUUGGUGACAGGAGAAGUUCCAUGGGCAGGAUUUGAGCCUGUGCCUGGCAAUGUGCACCUGGACACGCCUGGCUCUGCCUGGUUCUUGUUGAUGGGAGGUGGGGAGGGAGGGAAAUGCUGCUCAGAUCAACUUAUUUGACAGCACUCUUGGAACUGUGUUCUACUGUUGGGACCCCACCCCUGCCCCCCACCAGAGCUGGGCCUGGUGUGUCCCCAGCAGGUCUCCCCACCCUUGGCACCUGGAUUGGAACCACUAUGUGUUGCCUAUGUGCAUCCUUGGAGCUUCUGCGUGAUCCUGCAUUUGUGUGGAAAGAAAGGAAAGGAUUACUAGUUGCCCCAUUUCGUUAUUGAUGAAGCAGUUCUGGAACUGCUUGACCAAUUUUUUUCAUUAUGUUGCAAAUAAAGUGCACUGUAGCCCA